AAAUGUCCUGGCACAUCCCUAAAAGCUCCUGACCGCCAGCGCUGCUCAGAUCUUUGUCGCGAACCACCUGCAAACGCCGUCCGGGAUAUGACGAUCCGGCAAUAUGUCGUCCCUCGCCAGGAAGUCGAUGAUAUUCAUGAGGGAUGUGUAUAACCUGGCGGCAAACCCAGGAGACUUGCUGCUUUCGACGACGACAUCGACAUCGUCGCAAGGCUACCAACCACCUCAAGGUCUCUCGAGUCAGUUCAACCCGGCGUAUGCUCGUCCAUAUCCUCUUCCACCAGUCCCUCCCACUCCAGUCUCGCCUCCACAACACCAUUAUUCAUAUCCAGGGCCACACAAUGCUCAGUCGUAUGGUCACUGGUCUGGCCCGCUGGCGCCCAUAUCGCCGCCGUUACCUCAGACAGCACUGAAUGUAUACCCCGUGGCCCAUCCCGCUCCGAAUAUACAAGCAUCCACAGGCCGGCCUCCUUCGCCGCCGUCACCCAUCAUGUCUCCAUCGAUUCCGCAACCGUAUGGGAAUCAACCCGCUCAUGGGCCACAGCGGUAUACUGCUGUGCAGGCACCUCCUGCCCGAAGGCCGCCGCAUCAUCAGCAUGCAUCGUCAUGGCAGAGUCCAACGUCCCACGAGCUCCAUUACCAAUACCUGUCGGAUGGCGCUGUCAGUGCACAGGAUCUCGCCGACCUUGGCCCAAAUCCAGAUGCUACGCCUCAUCGAACUUCGUCCGGCAGGCACUCGGUCUUAGACGGUCAAUGGGGAACGCCACGAGCAGAGUCCAGUCGAUUGCCAUUCGGAGGCAAUACCGACAGCCAGCACCUUACCUCUGGGUAUGUGGGAGCUGCGUCGAGUGUAUCGUGUGCCCCAAUCCCUGAUCAGCACAGUUCUGCAACGCCCGUCAGUGCGAUGAUUGGCUCAGGCCAAUUCGACGCUCUAGGAUACCACGAAAUGCCAGCUGUGGCCGUCCACAAUGUGCCGGUUGGCCGACAGGAGAGUCGUGCCGAUGUGCUACCUGGAUUACCAGAACUGCCCAACAAUCCUGCCCAUGCACCUUUGUCGACACGCGCGUCAUCGUAUCCUGUGAGUGCUGCUCCAGCCGAGCUCGAGGCGUACAGUUGCACCGUCGAAGCCGUCGAACUUCCCACCUCGCCCGUCACGGCCCCCUCAACACUUUCCACAGAUGCCUCGUCGUCCCUGAGACAGCGACCUCGGCGUGCCUCGCGCUACCAGCGUCACUACUCCACCGCGGCGGCAGAAGCGGCGUCGAUGAGUGAACUCCUUGCGGCAACCAGUGCGGUCGAGUUGGAUUCGACGCCCGUGGUCGCGGGUUUCUCAACCAUGACAGGCCCAGCAACAAGCACCACCAACGCGCAGCAUUCUCCAGGACUAAUCAACCCCGUCAACUACACGCAUUCGGGCUGUGUGUACCAGGCAUAUCCUGGACCCGCACCCGCACCAUCUACCUUUCUUUCUUCUGGUCCACCUUCACCGCGCCAAUCUUCCCAUGUGACGAAUCCCUCCCCUCGCGCCGGCCACACUCGUACUCGCUCAUCGGCUGCUAUUGUUGUUCUUGGUGGGCAGCAGAGCCCCUCUCCCGACGUUCACCAGAUGCAUCGUCACCAGCUGGUCUCAUCGCCCGUGAGCAUGGCGGACGCGGAGGCGGACAAGCUGGUUCUUACCCGUGCGAGAGCAAGGACUGCGAGUCUGCCAAGCUCAACUCCUGGCUCACGGCAGCCUCCACCAUCGCAGUCUGAACCCAAGCCACGACUCCAGUCGCAGGAAGCGGCAAAGCUGCCUUACCCGCUGCAUCACGGCACCGGCGCGGUGACGAUGCCGCUGCACCAGGACUACGUGAGGUGGAAUGGCGGUGGGAGUAGGCGUGCGUCCACGGCUGGGAUGUGGAAGUAG